AUGGCUUCCUCCUCUUCCAACGACAACGACAACACCGACCCCUCCACCAACCCCCCUCCACCCCCGCUCCCCCCUUCUCGACCUAUACCAAAAGACAUCAAAGGCAGCAACAACAACAACAACAACAACAACAACAACGCCGUCGAAGCUGCUAACGUAUCUCUUCCCGCGUCUCGGCCUACGUCGAAAGACGGUGAUAGCACCAGCGCUAGCAACAGCAACAGCAACGACAAAGAAGAAGAAGUCAAGGAUGGGGAUAGAGCUGAAGCAGGUACGCCAACUGAUCGUGCUGCGCCGACGGGGACGGGGACGGAGGUAGAGGCGGGUACAGGGGCGGGGGAUACGGAUACGGAUAUGACAGAAGCAGAGAGAGACAUCAAAACCGACGGCGACAGCGCAGCUUCCGGGGCCGCUAUCACAGGCAAAGAAGACGACGUUAGGAGCAAGACUAAGGGUGCAAUGGAUGCAGACGAGGACCCCACCACCGGCAAAGACCAGCACGUCACGGCCGCAAGCCCCCCCGCAGUCACGGCAUCGGAUGCCAUAACAGCUGAUACCGACACGCCUGUUAACACGGCGGGCUCUACGGACGAUGACGCCGCCGACGGUUCCGCCACCGCCAACGAGCAUGUUAACACUGGAAGCCGUGUUAAGAGUGGCAGCGCCGCUACGUCAGAAGGAGAAGAAGAUGCCGAUGCUGCCGCCGCUUACCACGCUCUUGCUACGGGAGACUCUGACGAGCAAGCCACAAACAACAACAACAACGACGCGUCUCCUCCUCUUCCACCUCCACCACAACCAAGCUCUUCCACUCAACCCCAACCCCACUCUUCCACAGAAGAAGCAACAGCAUCAAUGACCCCAUCCUCAAAACAAUCAAAACCACAGCUUCCGCCACUCGACCUCCCACCACCCGCUCUCGAAAGCGGCAGUAGUGGUCAAGGUCAAGAAGAGCCUCGCACACCACCCGAUCAAACAUCCUCGCUCGACACAUCCUCGCUCGAAACACCCGAACGCGAUAUCGAAAUGGGACGCGCCGGCCCGCCUAACAACAGUCCUCGGUGGCGCAAAUCGAGCCCGAUACCGCUGCCGAACAGCCCGUCCUUCUUCGCGUCCAGCGCCGGCAGCAGCCCGCGCCUGGCAACAUUCAACUCCUCGCCGCCAGCCGGCCCUGGAGUUUCCACGCCGACGCCCGGCAGCCCUUCUUCCUCCAAUGAAAGCGCCAUCAACACCUCCACCGCCCCGAGCGGCGAAAAGGAGGCGCCGCUCGAGUCGCCGGAGCCUGACUCCCCUACCCCUAACCCUGCUCCUAGCUCUUUCGCUCAAGCGCUGGGCUCUGCUGGCGCAAACACGGACUCGAAGAUGCCGCGCCGGCCGGCUUCCACCACCUCCUCCCUCUUCGCUGAUGUUGUUGACGGAGAAGGAAAAGCGAAAGGCAGGAGCGCUUCUCUCCCAAGUGGCCCGGGAUCCUCCUUCACGUCCCAUCCAGACACUACUCCGGAGAGACCGCGACCAUACACAUCUGACGGCUUGCGUCGCGGUGCAGACUUACAACCCCUCAACAUGAACACGCGUCGGCGGUCUAUCGAUCCUUCGCCCUUGUCUCUGUACUCAACCAAGCCGGCCAGUCAUAGUGCUGCGUCAUCGCCAUCUUCAGCCUACAGCGAGAAAGCGGAUUGGCGUCACCCGGGCCCCAACACUUUCCAUAAACAGACUUCAAAGAGUGGCGGUGGUUCGAAUAGCAGUCUCUCGAGUAGCAGACGCUCUUCCUCCCAUGGAAAGAGCCCAAGCCCAUCGCCCAAGGAUGACGUGGCUGACCAGGCCAAUGCCCCUGCUAGUGAUAAGCAAGGGCAGGAAGCUGACAGCCCGUCGUUAGAUGAUAACACGGUUGAGACCAAGGGCGAUGGAGAGGGUGGAAACCUCCAGGAGACUGACAAAGUUCAAACUCCGUCUCAAAGCGAUAACCCUGCUGGCGACAAGCAGGCCCAAGACACUGCCACCGUGCCAUCGGACGACAAGAAUGAGCCUAGACGUGCCAGUGAUCAAGAAAAGAUUGACGCAUCCCAGGAACCCGAACAACCACAGCCUCCUAAGCAGACCAAGGCACGCUCUGGUGGUUUAAUGGGCAGCAAAUGGAACCCGGGAAACAACGGUCGUAGUGUCGAUCCUGAAGGGAGAGAAGGACCCCAGGAAGCCAACAAAGCUCAAAGUGCCAAGCUUGAUAGCAAUAGAAAGGCCGAACAAGCUGACGAGACGCCGUCAGACAAGGCUGAACUGAUUGUCAGUCAAGAAGUAGACGAUAAGCCUCAAGGAACCGACAGAGUCCAAAAAGGCAAGUCGGUAGAGGAAGAGUUGUCUGUCGGAGAGGCGGAAAAGACCAAGGACAGCAAGUCGCCAGAGAAGGCGGCUGAACCUGGUGAUAAGCUCGAAGAGAGCGGUAAACACCAGAAAACUGACGAAGUUCAAGACGACAAGGCAGCGGAAAGCGCUUCGCUGGCCGAGGAUUCUGAAGACAGCAAGGACAACCAAGCACCACGGGGCCGUCAAGCCGAAGACGAAGAGGAAGCGAAGACAAGUGAAGCACCAUUAGGUAAAGUGAAACCCGACGAUAAAAAGAAUACCACAAACGACACUACGUCGACAGAACAACAGCCUGAGGUAGAAGCAGACAAGACUGACGAGCAGCCAGAACAGCAGCAACUCGAGGAAGAAGCAGACGAAAUGGACAAAGCACACGACCUCUCGGAGCUGGCAUCGGAUGGGCUGCCCAUGUACGACGAAGAGACGAAGUAUCGACAAUGGUCAUGCGAGCUCGGCGACUGCACAUGGUGGUCCAAGUCGGAGACGGCCAACGGGGUAGCGUCACGGCGCGACCACUGGAUCAAGAGCGCGAAGCACCCACAGUUCACGACGGUGCACGACCUGCCAGCAAUGACGGAGGGCGAGAAGCUGUACGUGGAGGGCAGGGCGGGCAAGAGCGGUCAGCGGCCCCGGGGCGGUAAAAAGCGCCACAAGCGGGCCAAGCAGGGCAACGACGACGAUCAGGGAGCAACAGCGGGGGAAAGUGGGGACGCGGAAAGCGGGGACGAAGAACAAGGGGAAGUGGAAGAGGAAGGAGACGUGGACGCACCUACCACCAGGGCCGCCAUCUCGGCAACGGAAGGAGCGGCGGACUCGCUCGGGGCAGGAGCCGAUGGUGCAAGCAACACGGGCGCCGGCCGGCCCGAUGGCGGCCCGCGCGUCGUCAAUAGGGGGAUGCCUGGCCCGGACCAACAUGACCAAGCGCGCCGAGGCAAAAGCAGCCCGUCGCGCCUCUCCGGCGUCGCCUCGCUGCUGUCUCUUCCUCAUUCGACCAACACUACUGCUACCACUACCACUUAUACUACCGACACCGACACCACCGCUGCCACCAUGGCGUGCAGCAAUGAGGGGUGCAUUGAUAAGCUCCAUGAAUUGCAGGGCAGGAACCAGUCCCUGUCAAACGACCGAGAUGCGCUGGAGGAAGACGUAAAGGGCCACCUUGACACCAUCGAGACAAUCACCCGCGACAAGAAAGAGCUCGAGGGCACGAUUGAAGACCUGCGGAAGACCUUGGUAUUCCGCGACCAGCAAGACGCGGCCCACUCGAACCAACUCAAUGAGCAGGCCGAGGCGCACAUCAAGUUGGAGAAGGAGAACGAAAGGCUGAAGCACGAGCUCCACGCUGCCCAGAAGAGCUGCCAGGACGCGAAUGCCGGAAAGCAGGCUGCCGACGAAAGGGCCGACAACAUGGAGAGAGCACGGGUCCGCGUGGAGAAGGAUUUCAAUGACUUGGCUGCCAGCUUCCACGCAUUGCGCGACAGCGUUGAGCGCGAAGCCCAAGAUAAACACCAGCAACGCGACUACGACGUCGAAAUCUCGCAGUUGGCAGAAGACGUCCAAAACCUGAAGCGCGACCUGGAUUUCGCAAACUACGAAAACUCCGAAUUGCGCACCGAGAACGAGGCCCUCAAGGAAAAGAACGACAUGCUGCAGCAGCAGCGAGCAGAGGAAGCCGACGAGGAGGGGGAUCGACCAAACCCGUUCCGCACGAGCCUCAACAGCGUCACAAGCGUCGCAAGUCUCAGCGAAGAGCUCUCCGCCUGCGGCGACGACGACGAAGACGAUGAAGACCACGGCUAUGACCAGCAAUUCGAAGAAAUGCAAGGCGACAUUGACAUUCUCAACGACGAGAAGCAAAGGCUCGAAAAGGAAAGGAUCGAGCUCAACCAGCUGAUCUCUACCAGAAACGGCACCAUACUCCAGAAGGACCUCUCCAUCAACGACCUGACCGACCAGCGCGACCAGCUGCAAAGGAACCUCGAGGCCCUGCAAUCCCGGACCACGAACCUGGAGCAGCAGCUCACAGAAUCUUCUUCCUCCUUGGCCGCCGCCACCGAGACGCACGCCGCCGCGCUGGCAGACAUUCAACAAGCCACGAACACGCAGCUGGAAGAGCUGCGCGCCGCAAUCGCAACCAAGGACAGCGAGAUGGACGGCCUCCAAACGGCCACGGACGCGCAGCUCGCAGGCCUGCACUCCACCCUCACGGCCAAGGACAGCGAGCUCGACGACCUCCGCAAACGCCUGGAUGCCGCAGAGGCAUCGGCAGCAGAGCACACAGCCGCCAUCACCAGCAACAGCAGCAAGGAGCUGGACGAGCUGCGCAGCGCCCUCGCAACCAAAGACAGCGAGAUCAACGACCUGCGCAGUCGGCUGGACGCCGCAGAAGCAGCCGCGGCAGCGCACACCACCACAAGCAACACCAACAGCAACGAGCUGGCAAGCCUGCGCUCCGCCCUCACGAGCAAAGAUGGCGAGAUCCAGGCCUUCCGCUUGCGCCUGGCCGACGCCGAAGAAGCUAUCGCUCAAGCAGACCGCAGAGCCGCCAGAGCCACGGCCAAAACCAACGGCGGCAGCGCGAACCGUCUGCGCACGCCCAGCCCGCGCCGCAACCAUCCCCGCCACCGUGCUGGCCCGUCCUCCUCCUCCGACGACUCCCCUGGCACCGACAUCUCGCGCUACCUGGACUCGCCGGGCAGCGCGUCGGAGCGCUCGGAGCGGUCAGAGCCCGCGCAGCGGCAACAGCAGCAGCCGCAGCAGCAGGACCAGGGACUGCGGCGGCGCGGCGAGCCGCAGACGCAACAAUCAAGGAAGACGACAACGACAGCGAACAACAAGAACGGCACCGCAGACACCAACGCCAGGAGCAACGGCAGCGCGCCCUCGGGCGGCGGAAGAAGCCGCCACUUGAUCACCACGCCGGCGUACAUAGUCAUCGUCGUGUGCACCUUCUUCGUGCUGUACAAGCUGUACACGCACAACAACAGCGACGAGCCGUACGGCGCGCAGGGGCGCAGGGUGCCCGGCGGCGGCGGCGAGUUCGGCUACGGCGCGCAUAUCGCGGGCGUGGUGCCUGUGGGCUGGAGCUCCGGGUGGGGCUUCGGUGGCAGCUCGUGGUUGGGGCGGUGGCUCGUGGGCGUCGAGGAGAGUUUGGGGCUGGUGAGGGGCGGGCUGAUGUGA